GUACAAUCGUUGCGGGACACCCUGUAUAUGAAUAAAGAAUUGCAGAAUUCGCAAAAAAUAAUCCAUUUAUAAAGUUGUGCAAAUUUCAUAUAAAAAAUAAAGUUGUGUUGAAAAUAGAUGUUCCAAAUUAUCGUACGAUAAUGAGUUUCAGUGUAUUAUUGUAUUGUAUAUGAAUUGAAAUAAUUAUCGUACGUUUGGCAACACUGAUUCAACUUAAACUCAAAAAGUUUAUUCCAAUGACAUUGAAUUUUGAAACAGUCCCUAGAUGACGCUUUGAUUUUCGGGUUAACAUAACGGGAAGAAUCCUGUUUUAUCACAUACAACUUUUUAAAUUAAAUAAUAACCAAAUAAUUAAAGUUAAAACAGAAAUAAUAAUAGACAUACUUCUCUUUGAUCGUGGUUAUCAAAAUAAACAAGAUUUAUCAUCAAAAAAAAUAUUUGCGGGUUAGUUCUCAAGAUAACCAUAAGAGUGUACCCCGCUAUUGAUUUUUCAAGUAGGGUUUAAUGUUGAAUUGAUUCGCGUUCCACAGCAACCUUGUAAAACAUUGAAGCUUUCUUCUGUGUAAAUAGAUGGAUGAAAAUUAUCAGUACCCCAUGCAAGGGGCGUCUAAAGGGGCCCGACCUCUGGUCGACCCCGAAGCGGAAGGCGAAGUAGAUCCGUCUAUUUAUCCCGAACCAAAAGAAGCAACUCAUAAAAUCCGUGGUAAAUCCGAUAUACUCGAGAUGCUUUUCGGCUCAGUCGAUCAAGAACUUUUAAUCGUCAAAAGUUUCUAUUUUUGUUUCUAUUCCGCUUUUGGUUCUUUAUUCCCCCUCAUGGGUGUUUAUUUUAAACAGAUGGGGAUGAAUGCGAGUCAAUGUGGCUUUUUGAUCGGUUCAAGACCGUUCGUCGAAUUUUUAUCAGCCCCAUUCUGGGGUAGCAUAGCCGAUCGAUAUCGAAAGGGAAAAAUCCUUCUUCUUUUAUCCCUCGGGGCUUGGAUCAUCUUCACCGUUCCUUUAGGUUCAAUCCAACCACCAGCAACCAGUUGUAUGGAAAUUAAGAAUCAUACAGCGACGUUAAAAACACCGGAAGUUACUAGAGGAAUUAAUAAACGAUUUAUAAAGGAAAAUGGUGGUUUUGAAAAUGGAAUGGGUCAUAUUAGAGUUUCUAGGUCGACUAAAUUGGUGAUAAAUGCCGGACAAUCGCCGAUAAACGUUGAUUAUGCAUCGAAUUAUAAACCAAAAGAUCAUCACAGUUGGGUUCAACCGAUUAUUAGCUCAAUCGUUUAUCGUACUCAAGAUAUUGAGAAAGCUUUUUUCUUGUUAUUGUUAUUAGUGAUUAUUGGAGAAUUCUUUAGCGCCCCUGCAAUCACUUUGGCUGAUUCUGCCGUUAUAACAAUUUUGGGUGAGGAUGCUGAUAGAUAUGGUCAUCAACGAAUGUUUGGAUCGUUAGGUUGGGGAUUAGCAAUGUUUUUCGUUGGGAUCGCUUUAGAUCACUCAACAGCUUUUCCGAACCAUCCGUGUGGACCACAACAGAAAGAAAAAAAUUACACGAUAUGUUUCGCGACUUUCUCGGUAUUAAUGGGGGCCGCUUUAAUAACGGCCACGCAAAUCAGUUUUAAAUACGAUGAAUUACCGGAUGAGGAGCAACAAAAAGGUGAAAAUGAGAAACAACCACCACCGAUGACGUACGAAGACCAGAUGCAAGCCCAAUUAGCCGAACAAUUAAAUUUACCAUCUUUGGCUAAUACCAGGGCGGUGAAUCAACCAAUCCCCGAUCAAAAUCAACCUCAAUCUGAGGCUAAAUCGAAGAUUUUUGCCCAAACAAUCAGGGAAAUGCCUGAAUGGAUGACAGUUUUGACUCAAUUUAAAAAUUUAAAGUGUGCAUCGUUUUUGUUUGUGGCUUGGUUUAUGGGAUUUGGAAUUGGGUUAAUUUUUACGUUUCUGUUUUGGCAUCUUCAGGAUUAUGGUGGUUCCCCUACGUUGUUUGGGGUCGCUUCCGUUAUUAAUCAUAUUUCGGAAAUUUUCGCUUAUUUCUUUAGCUUCAGAUUGAUUCGACAAAUGGGACACGUUAAGGUGCUUUGUUUAGGAUUGGUUGGUAACACUUUGAGGUUUUUGUAUAUUUCUUGGUUGACGAAUCCAUGGUGGGUACUUCCCUUUGAGUUUAUGCAGGGUAUCACCCACGCCGCUGUUUGGGCAGCUUGUUGCUCUUAUAUUGCUCAUAACACCCCUCAACAACUUCGCUCAUCAGCUCAAGGUGUUCUUCAAGGAAUCCAUCACGGUUUAGGUCGAGGUUGUGGUGCUGUAAUCGGUGGACUAUUCGUAAAUUCGUUCGGAUCAACAGCUACUUUUCGCGGUUAUGGUCUAAUUUGUCUCGUCGUUUUGGCAGCGUUUGUGUUUAUUAAUUUUUAUCGCGUCGAUCAGGGCACCUUUGUUUCUGAUUUACCACAAACGGAAGAUCCGCGGCAAGUUGCGGAAGAAACGUCGCAUUUAGCACCCCAUGGAGUACCUAGUAACCCGAUUCCGAGGGCUUUAUCCAGCACGAAAUUACAUGAAUUAGCGAAUCAAGGGGAUGGAUAUGGGGCUACGUAUCAAACGGGAGUUGGCGGCACUUUAGAUAUUCCCGGUGGUAACCCAAAUCCGUUUAUGCAUCAAAAUAAUGGGGGUGGAACAAAAUAUUCAGGAUUUCAGGUAAGAAAUGAAUAAAGGAAACAGAUGCAGUUUUCCAACAGCUGUGACACAAAUAGAAAUACAACAACCAAUAUUGGUGGCUUCUACUUCAUAUGAUUGGUAAAGAAAGUAAUUAGGUUUUUUUUUGUUGAAAAUUGUUUAUAAAUGUAUAAAAAGUGUGUUAAAAAAUUGUUUUUGUUUAAAUGUAAAUAAACGUUAGAAAAGAAUCCUGCUUAAACAAAAACCAACAAAAAAAGUGAUAUUAAAACUUAUAGAAAACGUUUUUUCUUAAUUUAAAACACCAAUUUAAGCUGUAUACAAUCGAUGUGUGUUUGCCUGGUGGAUUAAAAAGGAAACGUUCACCGAAACAGGUUACAGUGAUACUUAAUACACACUUAAUUGGUGUGUUUACCUUAGCCGAUACAUAUCUUCGUAAAAGAAAAGCCAAAAAAAUAUAAUGUUAUUAAAUUAAUUGAUGCUAAAAAGCGAAAUAACGAAACGAAAUAAAAUGUUAAAUGAUAAAUCAAUUGUUUGUCGAUAUUUUAAAAUGUAUUUAUGCAUUUACACGGUUAUUAUUAAUUAUACAUAAAAAACUAUGUAUUAAUAUAAGUAUUAUAUAAUACGACGAAAUGGAGCACUUGUAUUUAAAAUGUAAAUGUUGGUAAAGUAUAGCUGCACUAAAUAAAUGGAUAUAUAAAUAAUAA